AUGCACGAACAGGUUAACAAUAAAUCUUUUAUACAAGUCGGUAUUUGUUUUAUUUUCUAUUUCAGGCACAAUGUAACGUUCAAGACGGUCGUUGGUGAAAGCAAUUCUGUUCAACCUGAUAUGAUAGCAUCUUGGUUUGAAACCACUUUACCAACAUUAUUAACUAACUACAAACUAGAAGAUAUUUACAAUGCCGACGAAUUCGGUCUCUUCUACCAAUGCUUGCCAAAUAAAACGUAUCACUACAAAUCCGAAAAAUGCUCUGGGGGUAAAAAUAGCAAAGUCCGAAUUACCGGGCUUGCAGCUGCCAAUGCUGUCGGAGAUAAACUACCAAUGUUUGUGAUUGGUAAAUCGAAGAAACCAAGGUGCUUCAAAAAUGUAACAUCCCUGCCCUGCAGGUACAGAGCGCAGAAGAAGAGUUGGAUGGACAGCUCUCUUUUUGAAGAGUGGGUGCGAGAAAUCAAUGCAAUGUUUCUAAAAGAAGGUCGAAAGAUAGUCUUGAUCAUCGAUAAUUGUCCCGCUCACCCUGAUGUUGGUGGACUGUCCAACAUUAAAUUGAUUUUCUUACCUCCAAAUACAACUUCUGUGUCACAGCCGAUGGAGGUGGAACCAAGGUGUCAUAAGAUGUCUUAA